AAAGGGUUAUUGAAUGGACGAGAGCAAGUUUAGCUACGGCUGUGGCCACUUGCCUGCAUUCUUCCGAAUUCCAAUUAGAACCAUGCAUGCCAACAGAAACGAACCAUUUUCAUUGUCCAUAUAACCGAACAUCCUUUUUUUGUUUUGAACCCCAAAAGUUGCCUCUCUCUCUCUCUCUCUCUCUCUCUCUCUCUCUCUCUCUCUCAAAAUAUGGAGAAAGAAACUGAACGUAACAUGAGGAGUUUUGACAUGGAUAUGCAGAAGACUGAUCUUACACAGAACAGGAGAGGACUGUCGAGGUACUAUUCAGGUAAAGCACGCUCAUUUGUGUGCAUGGCCGAGGUUCGGUGUGUGGAAGAUCUCAAGAAACAAGAACACCCCCAGAAGAGGAAGAAGCAUUCUGAGAGGCUGGUUCCUCCCCUUCCGUGUCGGAGGGUGUCAAGUAGUGCCCAAUUCGCUUCGCCCAUUCUUGGAAUGUAAAUUAUGUAAUAUAUUAUCGCAACUCAAACCAAUAGGCUGGCUCCUCCUCUCUCGCUUCGUAGGGUGUUAAGAAACAAGAACACCCCCAGAAAAGGAUGAUGCAUUCUGAGAGGCUGGUUCCUCCAGUCUCGUGUCAUAGGGUGCCAAGUAGUAGAGCCCAAUUCGGUUAGCCCAUUCUUGGAAUGUAAAUUUUGUAUUAUCACAACUCAAACCAAUAGGUACAUGUAAUUUUAUGUAUCAAAGCCACAAAAAAUUUGCACAAAUAUGAAAUGAAUAGAAACAGUUUCCUCUCAUCUGCAUCUAGUGAAUGAAAAGGGAUAGAGAAGGCAAUGAUUCAGAAUAAUUAGAAGCAGAGACAUAAACCUGUCAUUAAUCGGCUAUCCUCGUUUCCCAAAAUCUAAAGCUGAUAAUUACAAGUUUCAGCCUCAACAAAUCUGUUAAGUUAGGACAGAUACAAAUUGUACCUACAGUUUGAAUUACAAAAGUUAAAAGGGGGCAAAAAAUUACAUGUAUCUACUCAAGCGAAAAGGUUUAGACCUAACCAUGAAGAUCCCCUGAAGUUGCAAAAAGAAUCACCAUUCCCCUCUAACAAUGGUACAAAAUGAAAAUGUGAUAAGCCCAUAUCAAAGUUAGAACCAGCAACACUAUUGCAACCUCUUCUUCUUGCUGCCAUCUGAAUUGCCAUCAUCAAGCAUGAACAGAUCAUCGCCAUCGUCAUCGUCAUCAAUUUCGUGCAGUUCGUUUUUAGAAGAAUCAGGAAGGGUAGCAUCAGACAUUUCAGGCAACUUUCGUUUCUUCCCAG